GAAGCCUCACGGGAUCGGGUCACCGCACCAAGCGGCUUCAUGGCGGCGUGGUAAUUUCGACGGAAGGAAGCCAGCAAAAUUUGCUGCCAAAAUCUCUAAGACAUGGGGAGGAAAAAAAAGACUACCGGUGUAUUCUGUAGCAGACCAAAAAGACCGAGAAUCCCGUGCAUAAGACAUUAUCUCGAUGGACCUCGUGUAUAUGGGUACAGUGAGAUGCCAGGCAGUACUAACAGUACUGAUGACAGCCAAUCUGAGACCCCAGGCACAUCCAUGCCUCUACCCCCUCCAGAUUAUCCUCCGGAUCCAGAACCCUCCAGCACAAGUGCUCCACAGCAGCCCUCCAGAUACCAAGUAUCCAAAGAAAGGGAGCUGGCAAAGUGGGCAGAAGUCAGGGAUCAGCUCUUGGAAACUGCUACCCAACUGGCAGCCCCAUGCUACAUUUGCAGUUUUUGUGGAAUGGAGGAGUCCUGUCCGAUAAAGUGUAAUGACUGUGGGCCCACUGUAACAUAUUGCACAGAUUGUUGCGUAAUAGUACGGCACCACCUGUCACCAGCUCACUACCCAGAACAAUGGCUGGAGGAUCAUUAUGAACCAUUUCUACUGGGCAACCUUGAGAGCACCAUUCUUGAAAGACAAGACCACCAAGACUGUCCAAGUAGAACUUUAAAGACCUUCAAAGUCUUCAACAGUUCAGGUCGUGUCUGUUAUUGGCGCAUAUUUGUAUGCGACCACGAAGCAGAUGCAUGCACCCUACUCCGCUUUGGUCUUUGGGCAGCCACUGCAGAUCGUCCCGAAACAGCAUUCUCCACAGACCUGCUAGAGUGGCUGACAGCAUUGACACUUGAGUGCCAAGUGUCUGUCAAAGGGUUUUGUAAUGCUGUGAGGUGGAGGAGCGGUCUUUCCAAAUACGAGGUUGAUAUCCUGUACAGGGCAUUGAUUGGGCAGUCAGUGGCAGAGUUCCACCAUCACUUGUACAAAAAGAGAACUCUGCUUCACCUGUGUGCAGAACUUGAUGAUGGAACUGUUUGUCCUACAUGCCCAAAGGAUGAAGGGGAGAUGAUCGUCUCACUCGAUGCCAAUUUUGGCCUUGUGAGGAAACGGUCUUCAGGCAGGAGUUCAGCCGGCCCUCUUCACCAAAGCCGUUACUUCCUGCCCGAAGAUGAUGUGAAGGAAUUCAUGUCUACUUAUUCCGAGGAUAGUAAGCCUGAUGAGGACUGCAACAACUUCCAGGCUGGAAGUUCUGUCAGAUCAAGGUCGAAGGCAAGAAAAGCUUGAUGUGACAGGCGUAUUCGGAGCUGUAUGUCGGCACAGCGUCCCCUUGAAAUUCCUCGACAUGCACCAUGGAGAAAGGCUCGGAUAUCCAGUAUUCAUGAUACAGCAGCUUCUUUCUGCUGUUCAACCAGAGAGCAAUCUGAAGAUACAUGUCAUGUAUGACAUUGCAUGUAUUUUGACGUCCCAU